CACUUUCGGUGCCUUUUUCCCUCUCCUAUUUACAAAUGGAUCGUUUGGUUAUGAGUUCUUGUUCGUGGAUUUCUUUUCUUUGAUUUGAUCAUUUUUUCCCGUUGGAUUCCUUCUUCAAUCUAGUACAAUGUUGGGUGCUGAAGUGAGCCUUUUGCAACGUUUUCUGGUCUGUCUUUUGUGUGUGUGCCUCUCUCUUUUGGUGUUGUUUAAUGUUUUCUCAUGAAAAAAAAGAAUAGUAUUUGGCGGUUGUUUUGUCUACAACCUUACAAAUAGGAUAUUUUUUGUGUGGUUCAUAGUGGAUCUAAUUUCUGGUGGUUGGAAGUAAGACUUUAAAAUACUAAGCCUAAUUGAACUGUCAUUGGAGGACAUUUUUUCAUGCAAAAUGAAAGACACCAACUAAAUGGUGGUAUGUGAAUGGCUAAGCAUGCUCAUGCAUUUUCAUUAAUGAAGUUAUCAGUUCUUAUGAACCUUGAUCGAUUCUGUUUCCUCAAUUAUUCAUAGACAUUUUGGUUCUAGGCAGAUCCUAUGAAUACUUAUAAUUUUCGAGAGACUGGCAAACUUUUUACAUGGGGUUCAACUGAUGAUAUGGGGCAAAGUUAUGUUACAUCAGGGAAGCAUGAGGAAACUCCUGAAGUAUUUGACCUCCCAACUGAGGUGCCCAUAGUUACGGCGGCUGCAGGGUGGGCUCAUUGUGUGGCAGUCACAGCUCAAGGAGACGUUUAUACUUGGGGAUGGAAAGAGUGUGUGCCAACUGGCAGGAUAACGAGAGACCAGCCCUCUGCAGGGACCUCAGAAAAAGAGGAAAGGCAUGGUGGAUUCCUGAGUGAUCAAGUGAGCCCUAGGUCCCAGGGUUCAAGAACUACGGGAUCUGGUUUUGAUAGUAAGGUUGGUGAUGAGAAUACAAAGAGAAGAAGAAUAUCUUCAGUUAAAGUGGGACCAGAAAGCUCAUCAUCAGGUGAUGAAGCUCUUUCAGCACCUCCAUGUCUUGUAACUCUAAAUGUGGAAGUACGCAUCUCGAUUGUUGCUGCUGGUGGACGUCAUACGCUAGCAUUAUCAGAUGCCGGUCAAGUGUGGGGAUGGGGUUAUGGAGGGGAAGGGCAACUUGGUUUGGGUACUCGCAUACGAAAUGUGUCAUCUCCUCAUCCUGUACCUUGCUUAGAGUCAGCUUCUUUCAGUAAAGAACGAUCAUCCUCUGCUACAAAGGGGAAACAAGAUGGGCAAUCUUAUAAACUCAUAGGAAGUUCUGUGAAGACCAUUGCUUGUGGUGGUCGACACAGUGCUGUAGUUACAGACACAGGAGUGCUACUUACUUUUGGCUGGGGGCUUUAUGGCCAGUGCGGACAAGGGAGUACAGAUGAUGAGCUGAGUCCAACAUGCGUGUCAUCUCUUUUGGGUCUCAAGAUCCAACGAGUUGCUGCUGGCCUGUGGCAUACAAUAUGCACAUCUAUUGAUGGUGCUGUAUACUCCUUUGGAGGAAAUCAGUUUGGGCAGCUAGGAACUGGUUCCGAUCAAGCCGAGACUCUUCCCAAGCUAUUGGAUCAUCCGUGCCUAGAAAACAAGAAUGCUGAAGUAGUCUCUUGUGGAGCACGCCAUAGUGCCAUGAUGACAGAGGAUGGGCAAGUCUUUUGCUGGGGAUGGAAUAAAUAUGGCCAGCUUGGUUUAGGGGAUGCGAUUGACAGAAACUCCCCCUCAUUGGUUCCACUUGAAAAUCAUAGGCCAAAAAACGUUUUAUGUGGUUGGUGGCAUACCUUGGCCCUUGCAGAAUCUCCAACAUGAGGCUCAUUACCAAGAUGUGGAUUUAUCAUUGGCAAUUUUGUUAGAAUCAGUAGGUUUUCAACUAUAUGCAUAUUUAUAUACCGGUCAGAAUAGGCAAGUUUGUGCAUGUAACCAUUCUUUGUAUGGUCCCGGCAGCCAGAAUGUCAUCAUGUACAUUAUUAACACAGUUUAGUGCUUUAGGUCAUCCUGGCACUCAAGACAUGAAAAUAAUGUGACGGUUAUAAACCGGCCUUCAAGAGUUGCAUAUGUACUAUCAA